CCAAAUCAUGCAUAGAUUCUGCUUGACCAAACAACAAACAAACAGUUAGACAAUAAUUGUUUAACUUUCGGUGACAUCUUUUGUCUAGCAACUCUGGUCGUCUGAAACUGUGAAACAGACGGUCUGAAAAAAGGAAAUCCUGUGACUCGCAAGCCUGCAACUGUGUGGGCAGAUCUCUGAAAAGUUGUGACUCUACAAGCAUGCAGCGAGGGGUGACUCAAAAAAGACUUUCUAGCGAGCUGUUUGACUCUCUGAAGGAGUAUCUGAACAACAGGAACAGACUACAACCCAUUAUUGGCCUGGGCAGUAUUAUAGAAUGUGUGAAGACGGGAUCAGACCGCAGAGAAGCACUGUACCUGUGUGAGGUGUGUGUGUGUCGACUCAGUAUAUCUGACAUGCGAAACCACAUUGUGGGAAGUCUCCACAGAUACAACUACACUAAAGCCUGGCACCCCGAUUUUUUGUCUGAGUUGAAGGAGAGCUCAGACCUGUCACUGUUGGCCUGGCCACUGAUGGAGAAGGCCAAAAUGCUUGAGGAAAAAGAAGGACCUGGGGAUAUUAAGUUGUUAGAGGUUGAAGAUGCUGUAUACCAGAAGAUUGCAAGACAAAGUGACAGCGACGCAGUCACUCUGAUAAAUUCCAUAAGACAUGGACAAUGGCGGACAGACCUUGAGAACCGUUCAGAGGCUACAUCUGUGCCACAGAGGAUUGUAUUGCUUGGCCAGGGCCACCAGAGACACUCCAAGAAAUCCUUCAAUGCUGACAUGAAAUCACAGAAGACCUCAGCACAGACUAACGAGCCUCCAUCUCUAAUCCAGUCAACUCUAGCUCCUAUCGACUCAAACAGCUGGUUAGAUAACAUCUCUACAUCACAGCUAGACAAUACUGGGAUGUCAGACGACAACAACAGCUUUAUAGAUGGCUACACAGGAACCAAGCUUCUUAUUGGUCUUUCCAGAGUGGUUGAGUGUAGAAGUGAAGAUGGUCACACAUACUGUUUCAUGUGCCACUGCUGCCGCAUCAGAAUCAACAAAAAGGACAUCAAUGAUCACCUAACCAGCACUUGCCAUCUUGUCAACUACUUGGUGGAAUCUCAUCCUGAGCAGGUGGAGGAUAUUAAUGACAAUCAGCUUCUCCAAUCACUGGCAAAGAAAGUGGAGCAAGAGGAGGGCCGAGGAGAGCUGGAGGUGGUAAAUGCACCAGAAUCCAUCUGUAUCCUACUGACUGGCAAAAGUUACCACUGGUGUAAGUACAGAUAUAUGCCUGUCCACUGUUUUCGUUUGGCCAUAAAACAUUCACCUCUUUAGCCCCAACUCUCUGUUCUUGAGGAGGGACUCCUGAUGUAAGUAUGAAGAUUGUUUAACUCUGCCCCCUCACAUUAACACUUUUUAUUACUUUUCUUUGCUUGAAUAGGUGUUCUGCAUAAAAAUGAUACUCCACAAGAUCUCAAGUUUGAAACACUUGCUCCCUCCCGGAACUUAUCCUUUUAUUAUCUAUUGUUGUAUCAUUCACCCCUUUUUUAUCUUGAUUUUUCCUCUCUUAUUGUACUUAUACAGCACCCAAGCAUACUAUUUUGAACUACUAACUUACUCUUUCAGUCAGUGCAUUUUGUGAACACAGUUUGUUUUUCUUUGUAUACCCCUCGUAUUGUUUUCUUUUUGUCCCAGGUAUAAAGAUGCUGUGUAACGGAUGGACACAAAAUAACACUGAAAAGAGGAAAAUAGCUGUCAAAGGGCCAAUUGUCAACAAGACCUUCAGUCAAAUCACGGCAGAGAAAUGUGCUGCAGCGCGGUCAAAACGGGCACAAAGAAAGAAAGCAAAAAGAAAGAUGAUGAAGGUGACUAAUACGGUGUUUAAGGUAAGCUUACCUCUCACCAAAGGUGCAAUACUGCUGGAGAGGACAUCUUUCAACAUGGACAGACUCCCUGUGUCAUCCUACUCCCCUUCAGCCGACUCAGAUGUCAAUCCCUCACCAGAGGCCCAGACAGAGGAAUAUGAGUACGACUGUGACUCUGGGUCAUUUGCCAUUAACCACUCUGAGCACACCUCAAUGUGUGCACCUUCACAACUUCAGCAAGAUUUUGGUAGAGGAGAUGCAGGCUCUGGUCAAUACAUGGGACCAGAAAGAAACAUCACUGUCCCUCAGUAUCAGGAAGUGGAUGGUUAUUUCAAUAACGGUGAUUACUUCAGCCAGUCUGAACACAUAAGUAAUAAACAAAACCAAGGGGCCUGCGAGGAAAGGAAUUACAACAGACAGUCUCAAUCACAAGGAAGAUCAAAUAACUUUUAUACAGAGUGGCAAAAUCAUGGACAGAUACCUGCUGUGUCCCAUGCUCAGGAAUGGCCAUCUUACCCCUCUUCCGACAGACGUGAGGAGGGUUACACUGAGCAAUCGUACCAUUCAUCUUUCCAGAAUGGAUUUGACUCAAGAGUGGAUGUACCCAGAGGGGAGAGACACGAGAUAAGCUCAAAUGCUACCCAACAGUAUUACCAGCAACAGCCCACUAUGCAUCAUACACGUCUUCCUGUGGGAAGUGAGGGACACUAUGGUUUGUCUGGUGAACUUGCUCCUCAUUUAGUUGCUGCUGAGAUUAACGUGAACCCCCAUCGAGGAGAUUCCCAUGCUCACAACGACAGCAUUACGCCAGAGACCGGAGAACAAUUUGUUAAGAUGGAACAGAGACGAUUGCAAACAUACGCAGAGGUCACAACUGGCCAGGUCCCAAUGGCUCCACAAAGUUAUGUGAUACAACCUUUGGCCUAUCAACCCAUUCAAGUAGGCCACAGGGUAAUGUCUACAAAUGCCGACCAACUCUUUCUUCAUCCAGGCGGUGGUGGCGGCAGUGGCAUGUCUUAUUCAAAUGAAUACAUUCCACCUGGACAAACUCCGCGUUAUGAAGCGUACUCUGAUCUUAACAUCAGGGUCACUGGUUUUUCAGGUGGAAUGAUUUCAGGGAAUGUAACUGGAACACCACACUGGAACAUGUAUGCAUAUCCUGUUUCUGCAUACAGUACCCCAUCUCACUGAAACCACAUUUCCACUCACUACUGGCAUGGUUUCAGUGGUUGCUGUCAUACUACUUCAUGUUUUUCUAAAAGAAAACAUGUAUGAUUAUCUAAGAAAUGUGAAUCUCCUAAUAGAGGAAGCUUCUCAGUGUUAUAUGAAAUAAAUGUAGCAUUGUCCCCGUUGACUUUCAGUAUUAACACAUGACUUUUUUGACUUUUCAUUCAAAAAAGUCAGAGUUUAGACCAUUAAACUGAAAUGAGACUAAGUGGCGACAUGUUUUCUAUGAUAUGUUUGGAGACAUAAAGAGGUCACUUGUUCAAAUUUUGAAUAAUAAUGAAAUUGACUGGUUGUAAAAUUGUAAUGACUCCAUAAUUUCAUAUGGACUAAACUGCUGUUACAAAGUGGACAGAAAUGCUAAUUCUGUUUUUUUUUUUUUACAUUGAAUGUGAUUUUUGUUUUUUUCUCUUCUGAACUUCAGGCUAAUAGUCAAUUUUAGGUCAAGUCAAUUUUAUUUGUAUAGCUGAAUAUCUAUAAUCGCUACAUUAUCUGGUUACAUAUCAAUAAACAUCACUGCUUUUUGAUUUAGUACUGAGCACAAUCCUAACACCACUUUACGUUUUUUUUGUUGUUGUGUGAAAUAUAAAAUUGACUCAAGCCGUGCUAAGCAGAAGAUAAUGAGAUAAUUUAAAGUGAAAUGUACCAUAAUUUACUGAUGAGGUUUUAAAUUCAUAUCGAAAAUGGAGUACAAAACAUCCUCAGUAUUGUUAAACAUCACAUUAUAUUUUUCAGUGCUUCAUAUCUGUAAAGAAUAACAAAAAAGAUCACAGUGAGGCUGUGGUUUGUGCUUGUUAAUAUGUUAAACUAUUGACACUGAGAUUUUCUUUGUCAUUUGGACCAUUACACCUAUAUGACUGGGUUUGUUAUAGAAGUAGUGCCCGAACAACUCCAUGAUGACUUUACAUUCAUUAAAUGUGUUAUAACUUUUAAGUAUGUUCUUGAGUAGAUUUUCUGAAGUGAUCUUACCCGGUCAUGUUAAUGUCAUAAAACAAUAUCAAGUAUAUUAUUUAACUAAAUGUAAUUGAAAACAUCAUCCUGGAUGAUUUUGAUCCAUUUAGCUGAUUUUGGUGCACCACUAGAGACAUAUUUGUGUUAACCGGCAUAUAAUAAGAAGGAUGUGAGAUCAAAUGUUUUUUUGUUUUUUUUAGAUCUGGUUAGUGGUUUAGUUUCAGUUUAAGGUGACAUUGUUAAGUUUCUCAUUUAAAUCACAUCUCUUAAUGUUAUGUCAGCUGUAUCUGUUGUACUUAAGUUUCAAAAUUAAAAGCACUU